AUGAACAGCUCACGAGCGGGGAGACCAUCAAAGUCUCCUCUGUUCCUAGUCAUCGCCGCAAUCCUCAUCUUCGCAGUAGCCGUAGAGGCCUCGUACGGCGAUCGGUUACCAGAGUUCCGAGAAUGCGUCCAAGUCUGCCACGAUGAGAACUGCGCUCCCGGCAAAGAUGCUACGCCAAUCCCCUUCCACCGCCGCCUCCUCCUCUGGACCUGCGCCUCCGAAUGCGACUACACCUGCCAACACAUAAUCACAAAAGAGCGCCUCGCCGCCGGCGAGCGCGUGGUCCAGUUCCACGGAAAAUGGCCCUUCCCACGCAUGCUGGGCAUCCAGGAACCCGCCAGCACCCUCUUCAGUCUGGGCAACCUCUGGGCCCACCAGAACGGCUGGCGCAAGCUCCGCGCCGUCAUCCCGGCGUCGUACCCGCUGCGGCCCUGGUACGAGUGGCUCGCGGGUGUGGGCAUCGCCUCGUGGACGUUCAGCGCAAUCUUCCAUACGCGCGACUUUGUCGCCACGGAGCAGCUCGACUACUUUGCUGCGGGCGCGAGCGUGCUGUACGGGCUGUACUACACCGUGGUGCGCAUCAUGCGCCUCGACCGGCCGACGCCGCGCCGGAGGUCGGUCCUGCGCGCGUGGACGCUGCUGUGCGUGCUGCUUUACGCCGGGCACAUUGCCUACCUCAAGGGCGUGCGGUGGGAUUACACGUACAACAUGACGGCCAACGUUAUUGUCGGCGUGAUUCAGAACCUCAUGUGGUUGUGGUUCAGUUUGAACAAGUAUAGGCAGUCACGGAGGACAUGGGCCAUCUGGCCGAGUAUCGUUGUCGCGGUGGUCGUCAUGGUCAUGAGUCUGGAGCUGUUUGACUUCCCACCCGUGUGGGGUGCAUUGGAUGCGCACAGUUUAUGGCACCUUGGCACGAUCCCGCCAACGGUACUCAUCUUCCUGAUCAAGGAUGCGCAGGACGAUAUGGCGGGCAGUGAGAGGUUAAAGUCUUGA